AACAUGGCGGCAACUUGACGGCAGAGAGAUGAAGACGGUGAGGGCUUGAAGCAGAAAAGAGGUCCACCACCAGGGCUGCAGGCCCAUCCAUCCUCCGACACAAAGCCAGACAGCUUCACCAUGCUGGGGGAGGACAGAGGCCUUGUCCCUGCACGACCAGGGCCGGGCAAAACGUGAAAAGGAAAAAGAAACGCUGUCGGUGAGUGAGAGACGCAAUUGAGGAGAGGAGAGGAGAGGAGGAGAGGAGAGGAACCUGAAGGCGCACAGGAGAGGAGAGGAGAGGAGAGGAGAGGAGAGGAGGACACAGCCAUGGAGGAUGGGGUCGCCAGUGUCUGAUUUCCCAUCCUUCCCAGUCACAUUUUAAUGGGAAUCACCGCUGAGCUCAAAGGCACAGCAGGACUCACGCAUCUCCCAUUGGAAAAUUACGCACGGAGCAUCAUCCCCACGUCAAUGACUGUUGCGGCAGAGGAGCCAACACGGUGGAGUCGGCCGGUUCCCAAAAUAUGACCAGGGGUGCUGGGACGUGUUGGCAGCAAGAAGAUGAUGAGGGUUUCCAGAUCUGGCUUGAGCCCCCGAGAGACAACCAGAAGCCUUUCACCGACUCCGAGAGGGCGCAGAGAUGGAGACUGUCCUUGGCAUCCCUCCUCUUCCUCACCAUCCUCCUCUCUGAUCACCUGUGGUUCUGCGCCGAGGCCAAGCUGGCCAGGACCAGGGUCAAGUUUGCAUCCUCACACCUCCUGUCGUCGGCACAACGCAGCAUCAGAGCCAAACCAGAGGGUAUUUUUAUAGGGAACUCUACCCAACAUGUGUGGCGUUUGGAAACUUGCCACAGGGAUAGUUUGUCUAGGAACUGCUUCACUUUCGCGGACGCAGACCUCUUGUGUGGGGGCCUUUCAGACAAAGAGGGGACGCCUGCUGUAAAUAUGAGCGAUUUGUACCUCUCCUUUUGUAACUCCUACUCCCUGCUGGACUUGCUCUAUGGCUCCACAAGUCCGGACAAUUUGAACUGCAGCCUGGACGUGCUCGGGGAUGGAGACACGGCCAGGUGCAGCCUGUGCGUCCAGGCGUACCAGCGGUACGACCAGCAUGCCCAGGAGAAGUACGAGGACUUCGAGCUCCUCACCCAGAAAUACGAGCCGGGGGCAUACUCUGUGAGGACGUGCAUGGAGCAGUGCAAGACGGCCUACAAGCCCUGGCUGUGCGCUCAGUACUUCCCCACCACCCAGCUGUCCUGUCAGAGGAAGGUACCGUGCCACCAGUACUGCCUGGAGGUCCAGCAGAGCUGCCCGUUCAUCCUGCCCGACAACGACGACCUGAUCCACGGCGGCAGCCCCAGCUUCAUCUGCACAGGGCUCCUGGCGGAUCAUCUACCAGACGGCGAUGCGGAGUGCUGCGACGUCCGAUGGGACCCCAGAACGGACAGCCCCUCAGGCGGGACACUAAAAAGGACUGCCUCCUCCUGCCAGCCCGAGGGGGCCUCGGUCACCUCCGCCGCCACCUCAAGACUGUGCAGCGGGCGGCUGAAGAUCUGCCUGCUGGCCCUCGUCCUCCUACACACUGUCAUCAUCAUCUCGGCCUCCCACAACGCCACGCUGGUGGGCGUGGCGGCCAUUUUCUCGCCAGAGGAGAGCGCCUCUAACGAGGAGUGAACCUUUUUGAGGGGGUUGAAUCCGGUGCUUGCCGGGGAGCGACGCCAGGGUUUAUUUUUUUGUUUUGUGGGACACAUUUGGCGAGAAAUACGCUGGAGAUGCCCUCUACAAUCUCGCCCGCCGACGGACCAUGAGCCACGGGGAGUGGGAGGGUUUUAAAACCGGAUCGGAGGUUGCCGGGAUUAGGACGUCCACCGAAACCGAGGGCCUUUUUUGAGAAACCGCCCCCUAAAGGACUGACCUCUUGCCACUUGAAAACCUGCUCAUUGUUUCUAUCCCAUCCAAAUGUUUUCUAGCAUAUUGUCCCUCCCCCUCCCAUUCCUCCCUUCCCCCUCCCCUCCCAUCCCCGUGUGUAUGGAUGGCACAUCAGAGGAAAAAAACGGAGCGCGCUUACUUUCCGUUUUCGAUUUUUGCUGCAUUUCUUUCAGGUGCCAGAAUGUUUUUUUUGACAUAUCAACUGUGUUUCCUGCUCUCGAUCACCUCGGGGGUAUCUUCCCACCACCGCCCGUCGUGGGGCCCGUCGUGGGGCCCGUCGUGGGGGCCGGCUAAUCCAUCAUUCAUGUGGGUCUUGUUUCUCCGCAAACAGUUCCUCUGUGUUCUAGGACCUUAAGUGCCCUGAGACCGGCCCGCUUUCUCUUCUUGCUUGCUGGGGCCAAAAAGGAAGGGCAACGGUUCUGCUGCUCCGGGACAGACCGUCCUCUGGUCUCUGAAGUGGUCCGUUUACCUCGAGCAGUGGCGUUGAGUGUUGCGAAUAGGCGGGCGGGGAGAGAGCAUUCAGAGGAGUCGUACAGGAGGCCGCAGUGGCGAACCAGGGACAGUAGAGGACGGUUGCAUGAUGCCAAAACACCAAAGGGCCUCAUUUAUCCAGCGUGCGCGAACGCUUGUUUCAAAGCGCGGAACGUAACUUUCUGUUUUUUACCGGCAAAAACCCGGAAUCUUUUCAAAGUGGAAUGACGGAAAACAGAAGUUUCAGCUUUAGCUUAGUUACGACUGGGGCUCAAACCAAAUCUGACAGGUGUGACUGGAUCACCCCAAAGAGGAGGUAGCUUAGCGAUACGUAGCAACCGGACUGUUGGCCUCCACCUGCAUCUCCCAGGAGGACGGGGAUUUGGGUUAAAUGAAUAAAUUACACUUGAGACACAUUUUUUAGGAAACGGAAAAGUUAGAAAAGUAAUUAUGAGCCACAAUCCAAUAUCACUCUACUUUUGACGUCUGGGAAACCAGCCUGGAGCGGAUUUAAGAGCUUGUUUUCUAUAAAAAUGUAGUUCCUUCACAUCGGCAGGGAAAAACAAUCGUCUCUUCAGUCGUCGAUAGUCAAUCGGCACGAGCCUACGGGUGCACUAUUUUUUCUACCAAACACAUACGUUCGGACGGCGAGGAGAUGUUGGGGAUCGUGCGUGCACGCUCAGAACUCGUCCGCCGCUCGCUUUGAUCAAUGAGGCCCCGGAUCUUUGAGUGCCUCUCUGCUGCGAACGCCCAGUGAGGCAGAUGCUAGUAACGGAGCAAUAUAGACAUAAAAAUACAAAAACAGUCCACUUCACCACUGUUUUCUGUGUCGUAGAGGAGAUGACCAGCCAGCCAAUCAAUCAAUCAAUCAAUCAAUCAAUCAAUCAAUCAAUCAGUCCGUCGACUCUUAAAUACCCUUAGACGAGCUGAUCCACCGCUGUCUCUCACAGACUAUAGCAAAGGGCUGUGUUAGUGUCGGCGUGCCAGGAGUGUGAGGAGUUUUUCAAAGGGCUGAUCCAUCCAGUUUUGUUCCGUUUAUUUAUUUUUAUGGUUGCUUGCUGGCUAAAGUGCACAUGGACUCGAGGGCAGGGUCGCGCGGGGAUUAAUAACACUUUAAAAAACUCCCCUUUUUAGCGAGGAACGUGCAGAAAUUGGGACAGGAAAUGAGAGAUUAAAAAUCUGAGGCCGACGAGUGAUAUACCAAAAAUAAAAGUCUCUUUACUGCAGCCGCCUCUUCAGAUCAGUUCAUGGAAGUUUGUAGUUCCACCUCCAAAUUGUUCUUAGAGGUGAAACGCGUGGCAUCAAUUUUCCUCGUCCCCGUUAACGCUCGACCACCGCCGGGUUCGCCAUUCACGAAGUCUACGCUUGCCUCUUGAUUUUCAUGGACUUUAGCCCCUCCCCUCUCCCAGGUUCCCUCUCUGACUCCCCCCCUCCUGUGACGUGUCGUUUUAUUUGGUUUGUUUCAUCCUUGACAAACUGCGACGACGAGAAGUACAUUUCCCUCGAAGACAGCAGCAGAUGUAAUAGGCCCACACUUUGUUUUGCGCUUCGUCUCCUCCGAUCUCUGGCUGUUCACGAUCUGAGUCCUGUGGAUCUAUGCAGAUGAACCCCCACCCUAAAACUAACAUCCACCCACCGCUACCACUACCCUCCUUGUCCUUUCUGUUGUAAAUA